GGAUUGUUUUCAACACAUGUCAACAAGUUUCAUUGAUGCCGGUUUAAAGCCACUGUCAAUAAUAGUAACACCCACAAGAUUUAUUUAUCAUAGUGUAUAUAAGAACAUCAAUUAAAAAUGGCACGAAAUGCAGAAAAGGCUAUGACAACACUUGCUCGUUGGAGAGCAGCACAAAAUAACGAAGGAGCGAGAAAAGAGCAGGAACGAAGGCCGUAUUUGGCUUCAGAAUGUAGAGAUUUACGCAAAGCAGAAAAAUGGAGGAUGCAAAUAAUUAGGGAAAUAGCAAAGAAAGUUGCCCAGAUUCAAAAUGCUGGACUUGGAGAGUUUCGCAUUCGUGAUUUAAACGAUGAGAUUAAUAAGUUAUUAAGAGAGAAGCGACAUUGGGAAGUACAAAUCAAAGAACUCGGUGGACCUGAUUAUUCUAGAGUCGGUCCUCGCAUGUUAGAUCAUGAAGGACGCGAGGUUCCUGGCAAUCGAGGUUAUAAAUAUUUUGGCGCUGCCAAAGAAUUACCCGGCGUUCGAGAAUUAUUCGAACAAGAACCACCACCACCCCCUCGGAAAACUCGCGCAGAGCUGAUGAAGGAUAUUGAUGCAGAUUAUUAUGGUUAUAUGGACGACGAUGAUGGUAUUCUAGUGCCGUUGGAACAGAAAGCGGAGAAAGAAGCGAGAGAGAAGUUCGUCAAAGAUUGGAUAGCUCGUGAGAAGGAACCGGAAGCCGACAUUGAAACGACAUCACAAAAGUCAAUUCCUUCGCAACAAGAUAUUCAAAAGGCUCUGCUAGCCAGAAAGAAAAAAGAGUUGCUGGAGAUGUACGGUAUAUUCACAAAAUUAGGGUAACCAGAUUUCGGAGAAAAACAAGAGAGACUCGUAUCGAUUGAAGUGAAAUCGUGAAAGGACCUGUUUUGUCUCGAAGAAGUCAUUUCAAGAUUAAGAUAAAAGAAAAAGAAUCUAUACAUUCUUAGAAUGCAUGAAAUGUAUAACGCGAAUGACUCGUGUGUCUUGUACGACAAUCAUCCAAGUGUUGAAUUACUUUUUAAGCGAUAAUCGAAUCUACUUUUAUCAAAUAAAAAGCUUCGAGUGAAAAAUGGCGCGACUUAUUCGAAAUAUCAUCCGACAAACUGACUGCUACUAGAAUCGCAGCCAAUCUAGCGUACACGGAAAAUUGUUCCUUCCUAAAAAGAGUGAAAAUUGAUCGUAGACUAGCAAUUCUGUAAUCCCAGUGUGAAUAUUCUGGAAGUGAAAUCGGGAUUAAGUCUGGUCACCCUACCGCAAAGCCAGCGGCUAGUCGACUUACACAAAGUGAAGCGUUAUUACGGUAAAGAUUCACGUUAUCACGAUUAUAUCACGUCAGCUUCAAAGAGUAAAAGACCUAAAAGUUAAGUCCUGAAAAGCUACCCGCUAAAUUCAACGUGUGUUACUGGCUGGGACUUCCGGAAUCUCUCGAAUCCCCCGAUUAUAUAAAACGUAUGGUCUCGACAACGCUUCAAGUGGAGAUAUCAAUAUACUAUACAUCGUUAAUUCAUUUAGAUAUUUAAAUAUUUCUCACCUCAGCAUCGUGCUGUUUAUAAACAGACUGUACAUUACAAGAAUAUUGCUAGGACUCAGAAGUGCCUAACAAUAUCAGCUGAACAACGAAUCGCGUGCCGCGCUUAUAUUCUAAAAUUAUCGUGCUGACUUACUCCAAACACACACAAGGGAUCGGACAUUUAUAAAAAUAUGCUCUUAGUCGUUCUAUAAAAUAUCCAACGUCUAAAAUUAAGAAAAAAAAAUACACUUGCAUGUGCAAGAAUAAGAAACGUCGAUCCAAAUCGAUAAAAGGAUCCACAGAACGAAAGAUGACUCGCCAAAAUUCAGCACGCGGACUAUAUUCCGGAUGUUUUCUACGUUUUCACGCUUGCAACGGUAAUUUGCUCUCGCAGUGCACAUCCAGCGUUAAAUGCAUGGAAAAUGCAUACAAAAAGGAGAAGAGAAAACGCGCUGUACGAUGUGGAAAAAGGUAUCCCGACGGACUUCUGAGCCCCCGCAAUUACUUUUACUCUUAAGUCGUAAAUGACAGAAUAAUUCGAGCAUGGAUCAAUAACAAUGAUGAAAAUUUACCGCUAGAGGCUUGAAAAAGUCAAGCGUUAAACGAUUCACAGCAUCUGUUUGUCCAUUAAUCAGUCGCUGGCUUUGCCCGCUGAUCUGUGGGGGUCCCCUGACUAAUUUUUUUUU